UCUCGCGUCUCGGGGCCGCUGGGGAAAGAGAAAGGGUCGGGGUCGUCCUUUCGCUUAAAACGGGCGACGGGCGGAGGGAGGAGUCGGAACCGUCGGUCGGCUUUCCGCCUUCUCCUUGUCCCUUAUUUCGUCCUUUCCGUCCUUUUCCGAAAUUUCCUUCCGGUGGAAAUGGAGAAAAUCUUUUCGGUCGUGUCUCCCGGCAGAUGCGGCGUGGCCCCGGGCCGCUUUUCUUUUCGGAAGACGGCCUCCGACUCUCCUUCUUUCCGGACGGCAAUUCCCGAGAGCCGAGAGUAAUUAACCAAUUAAGAGGCGAAGCGUCGAGAGAAUUACGUGGCCCGGGUCGGUCCGGCCUUUAGUCCUAUCGAAAAUCCGUUUCUUCCCGCUAGUCGGGGCGAAAGAGGGCCCCGACCACCGGGAAUCCGGCCUCCACCCGCGUCCAAACCAUUUACCCACUACGACGUCACUUUCUUCCGGAACGUUUUCCGCCCCGUUCUUUCCGGCGGCGGAAGUCGAGCGAAGGACCGACCCGACUUCCGCUUCUUCCGCCAGAGACGGGUUUCCGACCCUUUUCCAGGGGACUAGGUCGGUCCCCGACUCGGCCCGGCGGAUAAAACUUACCGACGCCCACGGCGGGCGUAGGGCGAGCGCGUCCGACAUCUACGUGGGCGAGAUCCGGUUUUCGAUAGAAAGUCCUCCGGGGAGGCCAACAUUCCGCCCCGUGGCGGUCCGGUACCGUUAUUCCGCAAUUCCGGCGUUCGACCCUUCCCUCUCCGUCUUUUUCCGGGCCAAACGCCUUCUUUCCGGCGAAGGAAGAAAUCCUCCGGCCUUUUCUUCGUUUUCAUAAAUUUAGUGGCGACCACCCUUUUUCGGUUUCUUCGCACCGGCGCAAACAAUUAUGAGAAAGGUUUGCGAUGUAGGGAAACUUUAAAUACCGUAACGGAAACAGUUAAUUUAGCUUUCCUUCCGAAUGCCUGGUUUUCCGUAACACGUAAAUCCGUAGGGAGAUAAUUGCGGCUUUACGCUGGUAAGAAAGACAUUUUCUUUUCGUUCCGAUCUUAACUUCAGGGCGAAAAAAGGCGCGAUAAACCCGGAGUAAAUGUCGGGGAGUGUCUGCCAGAAAUCGCAGGGCGCAUUUCGUUCGCCACUUGUUCCCCUCCGCCGACCCCGUUUCUCCCCGUCCGGACGGGAGAAAACGAAAAGCGCGGUUCGUCGCCACCCGUUUUGCUGGUUGCCGCGAAAAAAUCGCCGGUCCGACCCGGUUAGAGACUGCGCCGCAGACGGGUUCCGCCGCGUCACCUCCGGUCGGGAUGCCGACGCCGUCGGUGGACCGAGACGCCAGGAGAUCGUCGUUUCCGGAUCCCAACUUCCGAUGGGGAAGACGUCGCCCGGGGGAAGAGAGUCGACCGCUCGAGGUUCCUGGUCCCGGUUGGCCACCGGAAUUUUUCUGGCCGGCGCGUCGUUGUACGCCAUCUUCACCUUGGCCACUCUACCCGUUUACCGGUCGGACGGCCACGGACCGCUGGGCGGUUGCGACUGUCCCCCGGACCCGGGAACCGGCGGGGAGGAGAUCCGCCCGGACGGGGGCAGACUGUUGUACAACCGGGUGCCCAAGUGCGCCAGCACCACCCUCUACACGCUGAUGAGGAAGCUGUCCGUCCUCAACCGCUACGUCCACUACAACUCCAAGGUGUACGACAAGAAGAUGAUCGACCCGUCCGAACAGAGUAGAUUCGUCCGCCGAGUGGCCGACACUCCGGCCCCCUGCAGUUUCGACAGACACAUCUUCUUCGUCAACUUCACCAGGUUCGGACGAUCGCCUCCCGUCUACAUCAACCUGAUCAGGGAUCCGGUGGAGAGGAUCAUCUCGUCUUACUACUAUCGGCGUCUGGCGGCCAGGAACAGUCGAGGGAAAACCGCCAAACCCAGCAGCUACUGGCUGAAUAAAAAAUUCAGGCACUGCGUGGCCAACGCCGAUCCCGAGUGCAGUUUCGUCGACGGCCAAAGUUACGGAGUUCUCCUCUUACCCUACUUCUGCGGACAGGACCAGAGAUGCCUGAUUCUCAACCACCCUUGGGCUCUGCGCGCGGCCAAGAGCAACAUGGAAAGGUACUACGCGGUGGUGGGCGUGGUGGAAGAGAUGAACGUCACUCUCCGGGUCCUGGAGGCUUCUCUGCCCGUCUUCUUCAAGGGAGCCUGGGAAGUGUACCACAACUUGAGCGUGCGCAAGAACCAGAAUCGACAGAAGGAGCACGUGUCCGAGGAUCUGAAGGCGGCCCUGAGGGCCAACCUGACGUCGGAGUACGAGUUGUACCACUUCGCGGUCCAGCGUCUGUACGCGCAGUACCGUCGACUGCAACUUAACCCGGCCACGUGAGCCACCGGAGGGAAACGUGGGACGUCAUUGCCGGCGACGACGCCUUUCCCUCCCGCUUCCGCAGAAUCCGACCGACGUCGUCUGCCUACAUUAGGAAAGCGGCGUUUUAAUUUAUAUUUUGCACCCGAAUAAAUUCUAUUUUCUACGUUGUUA